UACAACAAAAGAAGAAGAGGAUCGAAGAACCUCUUCAUUUUAGUUAAUAAAUCUUUUUAGAAUAUGAAAAUUAUCUUCCUCACCCGUUUCAUAUUAUACUUUGGUAUUAUCUUUCUUAUUCUUCCAAACUGCAAUUGUUCAUCUUGUUUUCAAUCUACUCAUAUAAUAUAUGAAGGUUCUUCGGUUUUUUCUUGCGGAGAUUUGCAUAACAUUCAGUGCCCUUUCACCUUGGAAGGCCAUCCUCAGAACUGCACGAAUCGUCCAGCCUCGGCACAACUCACUUGUGAAAAUAAUAGAACUACUAUCGCUUCUAUUCAGGGGAAAAAGUUCUAUGUCACUGGUAUAAAUUAUACAGAGGGAAGUAUUCGAAUAAUUGAUCCAGGUCUUCAAAAAGAUAACUAUUCUUCACUGCCUCGACAUUCAUUACGAAAUGUUGUAUUAAGUGGCCCUGAUAAUAAUGAUAACAUGAUUUAUAAUGAUGGAUAUUCAAAUACAAAAGAUGCGGUAGUGUACUUGAACUGCUCAACAGAUAUAGAGGACUAUCCACCUUAUUAUCUCAAGGUUCCUGUUAACAUGUCAUCAUAUGUAAUCCUGAAUCCAAUGGUUUCAGAAAUUAAGAAUUCAUGUAGUACUUUUGUUACGUCUUGGAUGAUGCCCUAUGAGAGUGAUGAUUAUAUGUCUGAAGCCAAUCGAACCAAACAUCUUAGGGAUGCUUAUGGUGGUUCUUAUAGAGAAGUUCAUAACCGGAUGAUGCAAGGCUUCGAUAUCUGUUGGACGGACAAUUAUCAGCCAGAUAGAAGAGGAUUUCUCGAGAAAUUUUUGUCAAUCCCCAGCUCUGUUCUAUGGAAAUUCUUCAAAAAGCAUGUACCGAACCCCGUCGAUUGGACUUUUCGUGGAUACAUAUAUGACCAUGACAGACAAACAAAAGAAGGGUUGUCCCAUUUUCUGUACGACUGGAAUUAUGCUCCGGAGUAUGCUACGGUAACCUUUAUUGGAUUGCUCGUAUAUGGAGGAAUGUUCUUGGGUGGAAGAUUUAUACUUGCGGCACCAAUUGUGAUUCCAAUUUUGAUUUAUACACUAAGAAAAAGAAACCGAGCCAUGAAUGCAAGUAUUGAAGACUUUUUAGACAUAUAUAGAGACCAGAUGCCUAUAAGGUACUCGUUCAAUGAUGUCAAGAAAAUGACUAACAAUUUCAAAGAAAAAUUAGGUCAAGGUGGUUUUGGAUCUGUAUACAAAGGAUCUCUUCGUAAUAAUCGUGGGGUUGCAAUUAAGAUCCUUAGCUCAACAAAAGGAGAUGGACAAGAUUUCGUCAAUGAAGUAGCUACUAUGGGGAAGAUACAUCAUGUGAAUGUGGUAAAACUCAUUGGAUUUGUAGCUGAACGCUCCAAACAAGCUCUGGUGUAUGAACUCAUGACGAACGGAUCUCUCGAGAAAUACUUAUUUCCUCAAGAAGAUGGCAAACUUGUUAACCUUCUUAGUUGGGAAAAAGCUUAUCAAAUCGCAUUGGGAACAGCUCGUGGGAUUGAAUAUUUACACCGAGGAUGUGGUAUGCGAAUACUGCAUUUCGACAUUAAACCGCAUAACAUUCUACUCGACGAGAAAUAUAAUCCAAAAGUUUCGGACUUUGGGUUAGCAAGAUCGUACUCAAUUGAUGCUAGUAUGAUUUCGGUAACACAUGGGGCUAGAGGUACUAUAGGAUACAUGGCACCAGAAUUAUUCUAUAGGAAUAUUGGAGGCAUCUCCUACAAGUCAGAUGUAUACAGUUUCGGGAUGUUGUUAAUGGAAAUGGCAGGGAGAAGGAAAAAUUUGAACAUGUCAGCUGAUAAUGCCAGCCAAAUAUAUUUCCCCUCAUGGAUAUACAAACAAUUGAACCAAGGCGAUAAUAUUGAAUUGGAAGAUGCUACUCAAGAAGAAAAUGAAAUAGCAAAGAAAAUAAUCAUAGUUGGUUUGUGGUGUAUACAGCUGAAGCCUGUCGAUCGUCCUUCCAUGACCAAAGUUGUAGAAAUGUUAGAAGGAGAGCUAGGACUACUGCAAAUCCCAGACAAACCAUUUUCGAUUGCAGAUUGCGAUGGAGAUGAAGAUGUCAUGUUGGAUUCCCUUGUAUGAAUUGAAAACAGUUGAUAUUUAAUUAUAUAUGUUUCAAAUGACAUUGAGAUCUUUGUAUCAAAUAAUACUCUAUUGAAGAUAAAU